AUGGAAAAAAACCAGACAAUGGUGACAGAAUUCAUCCUACUGGGAUUUCCCCUCAGCCCCAGGAUUCAGACACUUCUCUUCGGGCUCUUCUCCCUGCUCUAUGCCUCCACCCUGCUGGGGAACGGGGUCAUCCUGGAGCUCAUCUUGCUGGACACCAGACUGCACACCCCCAUGUACUUCUUCCUCUCACACUUGGCCUUCGUAGACAUCGCCUACGCCUGCAACACAGUGCCCCAGAUGCUGGUGAAUCUCCUGAAUCCAGCCAAGCCCAUCUCCUACGCUGGCUGCAUGACACAGACUUUUCUCUUUAUGACUUUUGCACACACCGAGUGUCUGUUCCUGGUGGUGAUGUCCUAUGACCGAUAUGUGGCCAUCUGCCUCCCACUCCGAUAUUCUGUCAUCAUGAGCUGGAGAGUGUGCACAGUCCUGGUGGUUGCUGCUUGGACAGGUGGCUGCCUGCUGGCCCUGUUCCACAUGAAUCUCCUCCUGAGACUGCCCUUUUGCGGGCCUCAUGAAAUCAACCACUUCUUCUGUGAAAUUCUAUCGGUCCUCAAGCUGGCCUGUGCUGACACUAGGCUCAACCAGACUCUCAUCCUUGCAGGUGCUGUGUUUAUCUUGGUGGUGCCCCUGUGCCUGGUGCUGGUCUCCUACUCACGCAUCCUGGCUGCCAUCCUGAGGAUCCAGUCAGGGAAGGGUCGCAAGAAGGCCUUCUCCACCUGCUCCUCCCACCUCUGUGUGGUGGGGCUGUUCUUUGGCAGCGCCAUUGUCAUGUACAUGGCCCCCAAGUCCCGCCAUCCCGAGGAGCAGCAGAAGAUCCUUUUUCUGUUUUAUAGUUUUGUCAACCCUAUAUUGAACCCCCUAAUCUACAGCCUGAGAAACACAGAGGUCAAGGGUGCUCUGAGGAGGUUGCUGUGCAAGGAAAGUUCUUCCCAGUUGGUAUGA